GUCACUCAGUACCAGUUCCAUGGAUGGCCUAAACAUGGAUCAGAUCCACAAUUAGGGGCUAGGUCGUUGAUGAAGCUCAUCCGUGCUGUCAAAAGUUCCACUAACAAAAUGAAUGAAUUCUCCAUUCUUGUCCAUUGUUUGAGUGGUGCUGGGCGAACAGGUGUGUUUUGCACUGCUAUGGAGUGCAUCGCUCAGAUAGCUGAGGGAGAUUCCGUCGAUAUUUUCCAGACAGUCAAGAUACUGCGAGCUGACAGGAUGCAGUUCGUCCAAACUGAGGAGGAAUAUGCUUUCGUCUACGAUGUCAUCCGUGAAUACCUGCACACUGAAAACUAUGAGCAGCUUCCGUACCCGAUAGAGGACCACACGUAUGGCAAUGUAGAGAUCGACUAUACACAUGACCCGGAAGAGAACCCAUAUGAGGUCACUGAUCCGCAGGAAGCAGGCGCCACCGCACUCAUGUAUGGCAAUGUAGAGACUGAGAGGAGCCAGGACAGACCGAAGCCAGAGCCUCAACAACCGUACUCUGUAUAUGAGAACGUUACAUUUGAUUCUUAAAUUCAUAUAGGUUUUUGUUGUUUGAAUGGUGGUCUGUAUACGAGAACUUUGCAUUUGAUUCUUAAAUUCAUAUAGUUUUUCGUUGUUUGAAUGGUGGUCUGUAUACGAGAACUUUGCAUUUGAUUCUUAAAUUCAUAUAGCAUUGCGUUGGUUGAAUGAUGGUCCUGAAAUCUAUGGAUGAAACUGUAUUUGUAGAUAUUUUUGGUUGUGAAGUAUUUUUGUUUUAACCUUAGAAAAUAAAGUGGAACUA